AUGGCGCCUCCCAAACCAGCCGUCCCGGAUCUCUCCACCCGCCGCUCCUGGGACACAGGGUUGCUUAAUGUCCUCCUGACUUUCCUCCCACUGCCCAGCCUAGCAGGCCCUGCCAUGGGACCCUCUUCAGGCUCCUGGAGCUCCUGCUUCUGUACCUGGAAGCGCUGGGCCUUCCUCCCACUGCUGCUGACAACCUGUGCAGGGUCCUGGGUGCAGGAUUCCAGAGUGCUAGAGGGACAGCCCUGUGAACCCCACUCCCAGCCCUGGCAAAUUGGCUUGUUCCAGGGUGUGCGGCUUAUCUGUGGGGGGGUCCUGGUGGCCCCUCAGUGGGUACUCACAGCAGCCCACUGUCAGAAACCGAAUUACUCAGUCCGUCUGGGAGAACAUAGCCUGGAGAAACCAGAAGACUCUGAGGAAGAGAUUGAAGUAGCUCAAUCAAUCCCUCAUCCCUGUUACAACUCGUCCAUUGGCAACAAGCACGACUUGAUGCUGCUUAGACUUCGCCAACCAGCCGAGGUGAACAGCAAGGUGCAGCCCAUCGGACUUGCCUCUGGAUGCGCUCAGCCUAACCAGGAAUGCAUCGUGUCAGGUUGGGGUACCACCACCAGCCCCCGAGAGGAUUUUCCAGAUGCCCUGCACUGUGCACAACUGUACAUCUGGUCCCAGGAUCUCUGUGAAAAGGCAUACCCAGGCAAAGUUUCAGAUGGCAUGGUGUGUGCAGGGAACAACAAUGGUGCGGACACCUGUCAGGGUGACUCAGGGGGCCCUCUGGUGUGCAGGGGAGCUCUCCAGGGUAUCACUUCUUGGGGCGCAGACCCUUGUGGGACAGCGGAUAAACCAGGCGUCUACACCAAUGUCUGCCGCUAUACAGACUGGAUUAAGAAGACUACCAAUGCUGACUGA